AUGGAGUCUCUUCUCAACCAGUCUCGAGCCAUGUGUCCGUUCUUGAAGAGAACGUCCCCGGCCGCAUUGCGAUCGCUGUCAAUGGCUACUCCCAGCGUCGGCCCUCGUGGCGGCACCAUGUCCAACCUGCAGGUCAUUGCCCGCCGCUGCCCGGUUAUGAGCAAGGCCCUGGCCGUCCAGAGUUCCCGCCUCGCCUCGAAGAACUUCACCACUGCCGCCGGUGGAAUUGGUGCUACCAGCAAGUUCAGGAAUUUCGAAAAGGUUUCUCGCUGCCCUCUGCACACUACUGCAGGCAAUGGCGCAAGUGUCGAAGUGGGCGGUACGUACGAGAAGGGUAACCGACUCCGUCACCCGCCCAUGGAUGCUGCCAAAGCUGCUACCCGCAAGCCUGAAGUCCCUCUCGCUGGCCCUCMCCCUCGGGCUCCCGCCACGCCCAAGUUCGAUUACGAGGCCUUCUACAAGAACGAGCUGGACAAGAAGCACAAGGAUAAAUCGUACCGCUACUUCAACAACAUCAACCGUUUGGCUAAGGAAUUUCCCCGUGCUCAUAUGGCAGCUGCUGAGGAAAAAGUGACUGUGUGGUGCUCCAACGACUACCUUGGCAUGGGCCGCAAUCGCGAGGUGCUCAAAAGCAUGCACCAGACUCUUGAGAACUAUGGUGCAGGUGCCGGAGGUACCCGUAACAUCUCCGGCCAUAACAAGCACGCCGUGCAGUUGGAAGGCACUUUAGCCAAGUUGCACCACAAGGAAGCAGCUUUGGUGUUCAGUUCAUGCUACGUUGCUAAUGAUGCAACCCUUGCGACUCUGGGAAGCAAAUUGCCCGAUUGUGUAAUUCUCUCUGACAGCUUGAACCACGCUUCGAUGAUCCAGGGUAUUAGACACUCUGGUGCGAAGAAGAUGGUUUUCAAGCACAACGACAUGGUCGACCUGGAAACAAAGUUGGCCUCUCUACCGGCCGAAGUUCCCAAAAUCAUUGCCUUUGAAUCAGUCUACAGUAUGUGUGGAUCUAUCGCACCUAUUGAGAAGAUUUGCGAUCUUGCCGACAAGUACGGCGCCAUCACAUUCUUGGACGAAGUGCACGCUGUAGGUAUGUACGGCCCACAUGGCGCAGGUGUCGCAGAACAUCUUGAUUACGACAUCUAUGCGUCUCAAGACACUGCCCACCCCAUCAGCACUAAAGGCACUGUCAUGGACCGAAUUGAUAUCAUCACUGGUACACUCGGUAAAGCUUAUGGUUGUGUCGGUGGUUACAUUGCCGGUUCAUCUAAGCUAGUUGACACCAUCCGAUCUCUAGCACCCGGGUUCAUUUUCACAACCUCUCUCCCCCCUGCUAUCAUGGCUGGUGCCAAUGCGGCAAUCGAAUACCAGUCUGCCUACCGCCGUGACCGAACUCUCCAGCAACUCCACACUAUGGCCGUCAAAGACGCCUUCAAGGAGAUUGACAUUCCGGUCAUUCCUAACCCCUCUCACAUUGUUCCUCUCCUCGUUGGUGACGCAGAGCUUGCCAAGCAAGCAUCUGAUAUGUUGCUAGAAAACCACGGAAUCUAUGUACAGGCUAUCAACUAUCCCACCGUUCCACGUGGCGAGGAACGUCUUCGUAUUACGCCUACUCCCGGACAUACCAAGCAAUACCAGAACGAACUUGUGCAAGCCGUCAACUCUGUUUGGAACGAGCUCGGUCUUAAGCGUACCAGCGAAUGGAAGGCUCAGGGUGGCUUCGUCGGUGUUGGCGUCGAAGGUGUCGAAGAGCAGAAUAUGCCUAUCUGGGAAGACGCCCAGCUUGGAUUGAAGGAGAACGAGUCUGUGGAGGAUGCGGUCAACCGUGAACUCAAGGAGCAUGCACUUGAAGAGCAGGCGUUGCUUGCCAAGGCUGUUCAUGCUAUGCGAACCGGCGGUGUUGACACUACUGUUAAUGCUACUGGAUUUGCAGCUGGAACUCCUGUCACAGUUGCCGCUUAA